AUGAAGCGGGUUUACAAGAUAAAGUGGGAAGCUCUCGGAAAUGUGGAGCGGUACAAACGGUACAAAUCCCGAUCGGUGGCGAAAGGUUACCCCCUGCAGAAGCAGGGAAUUGACUUUGAGGAAGUCUACGCCCCGGCGCCGCGUGCAUGGCACAUGCGCCUGAAAGAGGAGCUCGGGAAUUUUGAGUUUGUGGCGUCAAUGACGGACGUGGCGGCGCUCUUCACGGGGUUAGUAGCCGGAGAGCGGGUCUACCUAGUGGUGUGCGUGGACGACAUUCUAGUGGCGGCAAGGAAGCGGACUGCAUUGCCGAGGUAA